AAGCCUAUCAUUACCAUGUUGGAGGACAUCCGGAUUUACAUGAUGAGAUGGGCAACAAAUAGGAUAGUUUUGGCAUUACGAGUUUCGAGUUACAGGGAGAAUCUUAAGUUCAAUUCGAUUCAAAUUUUCAUUUUGCGGAGAUCUUCUUCGAUGGAUCGCCGGAAAAGCAGCGGGAAAACGACGGCGUCGAAAGCCUCAACCGUGGGAGCGUCACCUUCAAUCUCAGUUUCUGAGGCUUUUAUAGUAAACGCGUUGUGCGUCAUUGGUCUGGCCUUCGCAUUUUGGGCUGCCAACACUGUCUUCUCCAUCGACCUCGUUUCUCAUCCUUCUCUCACACUCUUUCUCAUCUCGAUUGCAGAGCUCCCGAUCGUGAUCCUUCUAUACAGUCGAUAUCGACUAAAUCCCCAACAAUGCUCGUACCUGAGAGCUGUUGGAAGAGGUGUUCUUGGGGUGCCCGUAGGGGCAUUAUUGAAUUUUUUAGGAGCUAUCGCUUUGGGGGCGCCUGUUAAAUUUCAGUAUCUUCCUAAGACUAUAAAUUGGGCUGUCAUGAUGUCGGUAUUCACAACAGUUCCAGCAUCAUGUGUUCUAGGUUCAUCAUGGGCUGAUUGGAGACGUAUAUUUGCUCAAACAAAGCCUAAUGGAUCUAUAGAGUACUUGAUUUGUUUACCGGCUCAUGGAGCAGUUAUUGGGGCUUGGUUUGGGGCUUGGCCAAUGCCACUUGACUGGGAGAGGCCAUGGCAGGAAUGGCCAAUUUCUGUUAGCUACGGAACCAUAGCUGGGUACCUGGUGGCAUUGGUUGCGUCAUUGGGAUUCGUGCUUGCGUGUCUUAGGUCACUACAUAUCAAAAGUGAAUAAAAUGCAAAGUUUCUGGUUAUUGUAAUUGUGAUGGAGAUGUAAAAGCAUAAUCUAUUGAUGACCUAGACCUCGAAAAUUGACAUCUUUAGGACGAAAUGAGAUACAUACUAUUCCUCCUUGUGCAUUUCUUUUUGCACCCACAUAAUCACCGUGUGCACCACCAUAAAUUUUAAAACUCCAAGUCUGCCCUUAUGGUAUUAAAUUUGACAGCAGAUGGGGAUUGUAGGUUUUGAUGUUGUAUUGUUGUUUGUUGAGUGUUUUUACACACUUCAUGUUUGUGGUGGUGAUGCUUGAAGCUUAGAGUGAAUAUUGUCACAAGAUUGUGUGGUGAAGUGAGAAUUGUGAAUGAAGGGAAGUUUGGAUAGAUAUGUUUCUCAUUUUGUUUUGAAGUUUUUCUCUAGUUUACAAUUUUGAACUUGGCUUCCAGAUUGUGCAACUGAAACACUAUAUAUAGAAGAAUUUUAACUUCUGGAAUGUACAAUUUGUAAUACCUUUCAAAAGUCUAUGUUAGUGUAUCGAUCUUCCUCCGUAUCAUGAAGUAUUUAUUUGUGACAUUUAUAUCACUCCAUGUAACUUUCCACACACCCAACUUCAAGCGUAGCCUUUAUCAAACCCAUGACGAGGUGGUCGACUAAGUGGGAUCCACCUCUCAUCUUUAUCGACUAUGACAUUGCCUGCGGUGGGAGGUCAUGGAAUGGUCUGCGGGUACAAGUACCCAAUUGGAUGUACCUAGAGAACAUCAAUGUGUACAACUUAAUGCCAUAACCUUUGAUAGCAAUCUUCAAUCAAAUAGUAGAGGGAACCAAUGAAAGAAACAAUGGAAGAAACAAAGCAUAUUCUUUAAUCUUCCUUAUUAUUGGAAGUACAAUUUUUACGUCAUAACUUUGAGAAGAAUGUGUGAUAAUUGUUGUAUAUAAUACUCAAAGAUGGAAAAAAAAAUCAUUUUCAAGUUCAUCAAGAUCUAAAAGAUAUAUUCCGUGUUGUUUAGUU